AUGGGGUUCGGCCACGAGCAUCAACGAGACGACCGCGACAAGCACAUUCUCUUCAACUGUGAUAAGGUAUCAGGCUACCAGCAAAGCUUAGACAAGCUCAUGAGUGCAGACCGGCCUCCCCCUCAACAACUGGCGCAUAAUCUUUUGUGCAACGACUGGAGGACUGCGCUUUCCGUCGGUUCUACUAUAUACGAUUUCGUCUACGGGCCCACGCAGAAGAUGUUCGGCUCCUUCGACAAAGAUUCCAUUAUGCACUACGGCAGCGAAGGGUUCUCGGACAAAACACUAUGCACGCCGUCCACGCCCUGUGGGUGCCCUAUCACCACAAUCGAUGGGGAGUACAUUUGGCCCAAAAGCAGAGUGUCUGCGGGAGAUGCGGAAGCUGCACGGGAGAUAUAUCCUUGGCCAGGACCAGCACUCCCACAACCGAAGCGGGGCAUCAAUUACCGCGCAUGA